AUGGUGGCACCUGGGGCCCAGGUCCUCCUGGGGGUGGCGUGCGCGGCUUUCACUCCACCUUCCUCGGUCUACUCGGCCUCGGUGCGAGGCUCCCGCGUGGCCUCCAAUCUGGUCACCUGCCCCACGCCGCCCAGCGUGUCCCCGCCGGACUCGGAUCCGGGCACCUUCUUUGCGAACUGCGAGGACGGCCCUGAGGUGAGCCUUGUGCCCCGAAGUCCACAGCGGAGAGCCGGCCUCACUGGCACUCGGGAAGGGACCAGAAAGCGACAGGCUGGUGGCGCGGGCGCAGUCGGCAGAGCAAGUAGCUCAGGUCCAAGGGAACCAGUUGCAAACUGCAGUGUUGGGCUUGAGAAGAACCCAUUCUCCUUGGCCUGCAGGCCUGUCGCUCCGGUUGCCGUCCGAGCUGGAAUGGUAGAGAACGGUCUGGCACUCAGGGAAACCCGGGUAACUGCCUUGAAAGCACGAUCACUUUGGCCGCUGUAUUUGGAACAAGUCGGGGUGGACACGCACGUUUCAAGGUGCCGGGGUUUCCUGCAAGGCCAAACGCUGAGAAACGUCAGAAAUGCGGCCGUGGGCCCGAGGGCCGUUCCCGGAAAGCGGCCGCUGCGUAGGCCGAGGGCUCUCUGGACGCGGUCCGUGCUGGGGCUCCCGGGCCGCCGGGGAGGCGGAGCAGCGAGCGGACUCGAAGUCGUGCGCGCGGGCGGCGAGGGGGCGCUGUGGCCCGCCGCUGCGGCCUCGUCCCUGCAGCAGUGGCCCGGGCGCUGUCCCCGGCCGCCGACGGGCGGCAGGCGCCCCUGCCCUGGCGCGACCUACCUCUUCCCAGGUCGCUUUAAUUCGGGGAAGAAGGAAAAUUAUGCUAGCGCAUUUCAAUAAAACCUACGUCGGACACGACCUUUUCCUCAUUCUGUUUUAUUAACCUGGACUUCGGUGGCGUUUGUACGAAUUUGGUGGGAAAAUAGCUACCGCUUUUGGAGUGUGUCAUUUUUAUUUUUUUGUCAAUUAAGAUUAAAUGUACGCCUUUUACCUGGGUUCCCCUUAAUGGAGGAACAUUUACAGUGUAAGGAGUUUCACUGUAUGGAAGCAUAUUCCUAAUCAGGAGUCCCGAGCCUCCCAGGACUUCCUGGCGGGACUGCGGAGGGAGUGACAGCGAGAAAGAGAAA